UCCGGUCGGAAGGUGAAAAUCCGCCGUUGUUUCGGGAAUCUUCGGACUUCUCUUGGUGUUUUUCGGAGCGGAUUUUUACGGUUUUCGCUCUCACGGUGACCCGGUGGUCGGGUUUUAUCCGGGCACCCCGCGAGGGACCCGCUCGGUGUGUUUAGCGGGCUAGCUACCCGGCUGGACGGAGACCCGGGGGCUCGGAGGAGGACCGGGAGCACCGGAGGCUCGCAGGCGGACGUUGGACCGCCACAUUUCAGCCGCGGCCGGGGGGAAGAAGACGCAUUUUUUCAUGUGAUCGCGGCGGCCGGUCCGGACACUUUAAUGGGAGGCGGUUCGCUUCGGCGGAGAGGACAAAGAAAGCGGAGGUCCUGGCUGCCCGUCGGGCUCACAUGGAGUCUCUGGCCGGCUACGUGUACAAGGCGGCCAGCGAGGGCCGAGUCCUGACCCUGGCCGCCCUGCUGCUCAACCACUCCGAGGCGGAGACCCGCUACCUGCUCAGCUACGUGACCCAGCUGGCCGGCCAGAGGUCCACCCCGCUCAUCAUCGCGGCGCGGAACGGACACGACAAGGUGGUCCGGCUGCUCCUGGACCACUACCGGGUGAACACCGAGCAGACGGGCACGGUCCGGUUCGAUGGGUACGUCAUCGACGGGGCCACGGCGCUGUGGUGCGCGGCCGGAGCCGGACACUUCGAGGUGGUGCGCCUCCUGGUGAGCCACCACGCCAACGUCAACCACACCACCAUCACCAACUCCACCCCGCUGCGGGCCGCCUGCUUCGACGGGCGCCUGGACAUCGUGCGCUACCUGGUGGAGCACCGGGCCGACAUCAGCAUCACCAACAAGUUCAACAACACCUGCCUGAUGAUCGCCGCCUACAAGGGCCACGCGGACGUGGUCCGGUUCCUGCUGGAGCAGGGCGCCUACCCCAACGCCAAGGCGCACUGCGGCGCCACCGCGCUGCACUUCGCGGCCGAGGCCGGCCACCUGGAGAUCGUCAAGGAGCUGAUGUGCCGCCAGGCGGCCAUGGUGGUGAACGGGCACGGCAUGACGCCGCUCAAGGUGGCGGCCGAGAGCUGCAAGGCUGACGUGGUGGAGCUGCUGCUGGCGCACGCCGACUGCGACGCCCGCAGCCGCAUCGAGGCCCUGGAGCUGCUGGGCGCCUCCUUCGCCAACGACCGGGAGAACUACGACAUCCAGAAGACGUUCCAGUACCUGCACAUGGCCAUGGUGGAGCGCCACCGCGACCCGGACGCCGUCAUCGCCAAGGAGCUGCCGCCCCCCGUGGAGGCGUACGGCGGGCGCGGCGAGUGCCGGACGCCGCGGGAGCUGGAGGCCAUCCGGGCCGACCGGGACGCCCUGCACAUGGAGGGCCUGAUGAUCCGCGAGCGCAUCCUGGGCUCGGACAACAUCGACGUGUCGCACCCCAUCAUCUACCGCGGCGCCGUGUACGCCGACAACAUGGAGUUCGAGCAGUGCAUCAAGCUGUGGCUGCACGCGCUGCGCCUGCGGCAGAAGGGCAACCGCAACACGCACAAGGACCUGCUGCGCUUCGCCCAGGUCUUCUCGCAGAUGGUGCACCUGAAGGAGCCGGUGUCGGCGCGCGCCGUGGAGCAGGUGCUGGGCUGCAGCGUGCUGGAGAUCCGGCGCAGCGUGGCGCGGGUGGACGCCGCCGGCGAGGCCGAGCUGCCGCAGGCGCUGGACAACUACGAGUCCAACAUCUUCACCUUCCUCUACCUGGCCUGCAUCUCCACCAAGACCGCCUGCGGCGACAAGGAGCGCGCCGCCAUCAACAAGCACGUGUACGACCUGAUCCAGCUGGACCCGCGCUCGCGCGACGGCUGCUCGCUGCUGCACCUGGCCAUCAGCUCCGCCACGCCCGUCGACGACUUCCACACCAACGACGUGUGCAGCUUCCCCAACGCGCAGGUCACCAAGCUGCUGCUGGACUGCGGCGCCCGGGUCAACGCCGUGGACCACGAGGGCAACACGCCGCUGCACGUCAUCGUGCAGUACAACCGGCCCAUCAGCGACUUCCUCACGCUGCACGCCAUCAUCAUCAGCCUGGUGGAGGCCGGCGCGCACACCGACAUGACCAACAAGCAGAAGAAGACGCCGCUGGACAAGAGCACCACGGGCGUGUCGGAGAUCCUGCUCAAGACGCAGAUGAAGAUGAGCCUCAAGUGCCUGGCAGCGCGCGCCGUGCGCCAGCACCAGAUCACCUACCGCAACCAGAUCCCCAAGACUCUGGAGGAGUUCGUGGAGUUCCACUGAGGCCCGCCGGCCUUUUAGUUUUCUAACCGGUCCCCGUGGUGCUGGCGGUGGCGUUUUUGAACUUUUCUAUAAAACAGAAAAGCGGCGCUGUGCAGCAGGCGUGCUCGGCCCCGCCCACCCGCCUUAUCCCCAGUCCAGCAGCCGCCGCCGCCGCCGCUCUCAUGCUCUCAGACAGCAGGUCAGUUCAAAGCUUCACUGUCGGUUUCAUUUCUUUUUCUUUUAGUCUCACUGAGAGUCCUGGAGUCCUCAGAGGGGCCUGAGCCUCAUGUUGAACACACCAGUCUGUCUUCAGGCUCAUCAAACCUUUAUUCUUUUACAUUUAAAGGUUUUUCUCACUUGUUGCUCCACUUUUAUCAGCAAUAACUAAACCUGAAGCCGCCAGAGAAAAGUCUUUGUUUCUUGGACUCAAUAUUUUUGGGGAGAUUCUCCAGUGUUUUGUAUGAAAACUGUAAAAGAAGUGAAACCGGCAUGAAGGCGGAUUGAACCGGCCUGAUGUGGCAGAAAGCUGUCCUGAGGAGGAGGAGGAGGGAGGAGGAAGAAGAGGGUGGGAGCUUUUAAUGUGGAAACAUUCCUCUGCAGGGUUUCAGAUCUUUAGCUCGGGGCUCGUUUUGUUUUUUUAAUUCUUUUCUUGAUUCCUUCCUCUCGUCCGAACAAGCUCUUCGUGCCACUUUCAAAAAGUGCUUUUAACAGAGUUGGAAUGGUUUUGCACGUCUCUGCUCCUCACAUUGUGAUCCUUUGUUUUAUCUGUGAUCCAUUCAGCUCGCUGGCUUCCCCUCAGCAGGCCUCACACGGCCCGGGAGCAGCAGCGGCCUCCAGCUCAGCCUCCAUGCGGCCUGUUUAAUUCCCCUGGGCCGUAUGUUUGACACCCCUCUGCUGUCCGACGCGCCGCUGCUCCCGGUGGCCAGCUGCGGCGUUACCCGGAGCUUCCAGGACGGCUGGACGGCUCGCUGUCUCUACCUUUCAUGAGUUAUUUUCGUCGGAACGCGUCCCGCUCCUUCUAUUUAUUUCAGACCAGAACCUCCAGAGUGAGAAGCUCUCUGAGGAAGGUCACUGCGGCCAUAGACGACCUUCAGGGUGACCUUCAUCAGGAGUUCAGUAGAAACACUACAGAUAUGCAAACUGUUUUUCUCUCUUCAUUUGGGCCUCAUGUUGUGAUGGCGCUGUUUCCGAGGCGGUGACGGGGGUUCAGCUGAAGCCGUUCACCUUCACUCCAGUCUCCAGGCCGCCAGGUGCUCGGCUACUCCACCAGAUUGUAUUUUUGAAUGUAUUUAUCUCUUAUGUUCUGAUGAUUGACCUUUGACCUGGCGUCUCAGACUGCUGCUCCCCCCUCCCCCUCCUCCUCCUCCUCCUUCUUCUUCUUGGGUUCUGUUUUCUGGAAGUUUGUUUUGAGUGUGACAGCUGGUUCUCCGUGUUCCGGGAACGGCGGCGACGCGUCCGAGGGUUUUUACCUUACCUGCAGAGUGAGCCCCGCCACAAUAAAGGCCUCCUGCCUGCAA